CGUUUCUAAUUGGCGCUGUUGUUCGCGCAACGUUUUCUGGCGUGCCGUUCGUUCUGGCUCGGCUAUUCUUUUCACGAAUAUUAACUGAUGCGACGGCUUUUUUUCCCUUAUUACGUAUCACCUGGUAUCAGUGGUUUUUCAAUAAGUUAUUCGUUUCUUCAAAAGUGUUCAAAUACUAUUUGAUAACCUAGCAAUUCUUAUCCUCAGGAGGUUGCCUCGCAUUGGCAGGUGUUUCAUUGUCAUAACGGCUGAAAUGAAUAUUUUUCUUUGGAAAGGUCAUUUCGCUUUCCUCGAGAAAUUGCAAGCACUCCUCGUUUGGUCUACGGCAAACUGUUAAAAUACACUGCCGAUUGAUUUUAAUAUACUCUACGAAUGAAUGCAAGCGACGUGGAAUUCGUGGUUAGCAAAAGUUUGUGUUGCUGUGUAAAAUUUUAAACGAAACAGUGAGAGAAAAUGUAUAGCAGAAGGUAACGAUUAAAGAAGAUCAAACUAUGGCCAACAGAAAAGACAAAUCGUCUGCAGGUUUUCUGGAUACAUGGUUCGGCCGACCAAAAAAGUCCGGGCGUGGAGGUGGGGUCAGAAGUGGUUCGGGAAACAACACGAUACCCCGGCCCCACUCCGGCGAUGAUUUCAACGAGAUCGAACAGCAACGUUGUAUCAUCGAAAGGAUGGAUAAAGAAACGAUGAACGACAGAUUCGAGGAGAUGUUGGCCAACAUGAAUCUCACGGAGGAGAAGAAGGAACCGUUGCGCCAGCAGUCGGAAACGAAGAAGAAGGAAAUGUUGGUGUUGCAUUACAAAGGUAGCAUACAGGAGAACAGGUCAAAGUUCGAUAAACCGGCGGAUUACAUACAAUAUUUGGCGCAGCCCGACUUGAGCGUUAAUAAAAUCUACAACUGCGUCGAAUCGUUGAGAAUAGCGUUGACCAACAACCCCUUGAGUUGGGUUCAAGAGUUUGGAACGAAAGGAUUGAAACAGGUUUUAGCCACGCUCAACGAAUGCUAUCGAAAUGCCUUCAUAUAUUACGAUAGCGACACCCGGUACGAGCGUAUCCAAUACGAAUGCAUCCGAUGUUUAAAGGCCAUUAUGAAUAACACGGUUGGCAUAAAAGAGAUGUUGGCCCACCAAGAGGCGCUCACGAUCGUGGCUAGAUCGUUGGAACCGACGAAACCAUCGGUCAUGUCCGAGGCUGUGAAACUACUGGGCGCGGUUUGUCUUAUAUCCAGCGAUAGUCAUAAAAAGGUCCUAGACGCGAUCACUAUGAACGGAGAAUUUAAAGGUAGAGAGAGAUUUCUACCGAUAGUGCAAGGACUGAUGAACAAGAAGAACGAAAACUUGAGAGUGGAGUGCCUUCAGUUGAUAAAUUCCAUCAUCUCCUCGGCCGAAGAGUUGGACUUUAGGUUGCAUUUGCGAAACGAAAUUAUGCGAGUCGGUCUAGCGGAUAUUUUAGAGACGUUGGAAAAAGACGAAUCGGAGGAUUUAGCGAGGCACUUGAAGAUCUUUAGCGAUCAUAAGGAAGAGGACUACGAAGAGUUCGUGCAGAGGUUCGAUCAUGUUCGAUUGGAACUGGACGACGUCAACGAUUGUUUCGAAGUGAUUAAAAAUAUGGUAAUGGAAACGUCUGCUGAACCCUACUUUCUGUCGAUACUUCAGCAUCUCUUGUUCGUCAGAGACGACGCGUUAGUGAGGCCGGCGUAUUAUAAAUUAAUAGAAGAAUGCGUGUCGCAAAUAGUGUUGCAUCGUUCAGGCUGUGAUCCAGAUUUUAGCGCGACCAAACGUUUUCAAAUCGACGUGCAACCUUUAAUAGACACGCUAGUGGAAAAGUCACGAGCUGAGGAGGAAAGACGGCUGGUCGAAGUGUCGCAGAAAUUGGAGGAAGCCAUAGCCAGUAAACAGGAAGCUGAAGCUAAACUUCAGCACGCGGAAAAUAAGAUCAGGGAGUUGGAACAAGGAUUGGGGAGGCCGGCUGGAAGUAACGCGAAAGGUGGGGUGGGUGCACCUAUCGUACCUGGGAUGGGACCUCCGCCACCACCUCCACCCCCUCCACUUCCGGGUGGUCCUGGCUUACCGAUGGGAGGAGGACCGCCACCUCCUCCGCCUCCACCGUUCCCAGGCAUGGGAGGACCGCGUCCACCACCCAUGCCCGGAUCCAUGGGACCGCCGCCGCCACCUAUGCCAGGUAUGCAAUCUGGACCUCGUCCACCGCCGAUGCCAGGAAUGGGCAUCGGUGGACCGAUGCCUCCACCGAUGAUGUUCCCAACUACCCAGGCUGCGCAACCAUUACCUCACGGAAUGAAGCCGAAAAAGAAAUGGGAGGUUGAAGCUCCAUUAAAAAGAGCCAAUUGGAAAGCGAUUUUGCCGCACAAGCUUACCGAGAAAUCUUUUUGGACGAAAGUACAAGAAGAUCGGUUAGCGAGUCCCGAGAUAUUGGACGGACUGGUUCAAAAGUUUGCGUCCAAGCCGACUGGAAAGAAGAUCGACGACGUCGUGGACAAAUCAGCUUCCUCGAAGAAAGUGAAGGAUCUAAAAGUUCUGGAUGGCAAAGCCGCGCAAAAUAUUCUGAUACUUUUGAGCGGCACUCUGAAGCACAUGUCGUACGAAGAGGUGAAAUCUUGUUUGCUCAAAUGCGAAGGACCCGUUAUUUCGGAUAAUAUACUACAGGGAUUGAUACAGUAUUUACCACCACCCGAACAGCUGUCGAAAUUGCAGGUUUACAAGGAUCAGUACGAUGACCUGACGGAGGCCGAGCAAUUUUGCGUUACCAUAGCGACGAUCAAAAGGCUAUUGCCAAGACUGAGGUCGUUGAGUUUCAUGCUGCGAUACGAAGAACUGGUGCAAGAUGUGAAACCCGACAUAGUAGCGGGCACGGCGGCAUGCGAAGAGGUGAAGGGUAGUAAAAAAUUUGCUAGAAUUCUUGAAUUGAUCCUGUUACUUGGCAACUACAUGAACUCCGGCUCGAAGAACGGCCAAGCGUUCGGGUUCGAGAUCAGUUUUCUUACGAAGUUGACCAGCACGAAGGACGUGGAUAACAAGCAAACUCUUAUGCAUUAUCUGGUAGACACGAUAGAACGAAAGUUCCCAGAGUGUCUUAGCUUCUCGGAGGAGUUAGCGCACGUGGAUAGAGCAAGCCGAGUUUCCUUGGAAAACGUUCAGAGAACCUUGCGACAAAUGGAUUCCAACAUACGAAAUCUCGAGCAAGAUUUGUCGAAUGCCAAAGUUCCUCAGUCCGACGAUGAUCGUUUCGUCGAAGUUAUGGGCCCGUUCGCGAAAAAAGCACGCGAAUCGUACGAGGUGAUGCAGAACAUGUUCAAGAAUAUGGACGGUUUGUACAGCGAAAUUUCCGAGUUCUUCUCUUUCGACAAACAAAAGUACACGAUAGAAGAGUUCUUCGGUGAUGUAAAAACUUUCAAAGAUGAUUUCAUACAAGCUCAGAGGGAAAUAAUCAAAUUGAGAGAAGGCGAAGAGAAGCAGAGGAGAGCGAGGGAAGCCCGCGAGAAGGCAGAAGCGGAGAAAGCGGCGAGGGCAGCGCGGAAACGCGCUCUCGUCGACAUGAACGCGCACGAAACUCAGGAAGGCGUUAUGGACAGCUUAAUGGAGGCUCUGCAAACUGGUUCCGCGUUCAGUCGACCGGAUCAACGACGCAAACGGCAAACGCGCGCCGCUGGUGCAGAGAGAAGAGCUCAGCUCAAUAGAAGUCGAUCGCGUACCGGAUUAGUUGGAACUGGUUUACUGGGAAGAGAACUUUCGACAGAACUUUUAAGCUCGGCGUAAUCCAUGGAAUAACCCGUUUCCGUCCUAAACUCGAAACUGUGAUGGAUCGAAUCUUCGUUUUAUCGAUAUUGCGAUAAGAAACCGGUGAAACGAAAUAGUAAAACUUUGGGAAACGCUCGAGUAACGACGACCUUUUCGCGUUAACCAGAUGCGUUUCCUUCGAGUUACGAUAACUCAACCGGCAAUGUCUUCCUUUUGUUGGCCGAAUCUUUUAGAAAUAAUGUGUAGUAACGCGCUGGCGUGCUAUACGAUCAAGAAACUUGAGGAAAAGUAGAUGAAGACAAGAGUGACUCGCUUAGCUAAUUUUCUGUACAGUCUUUCUUUUUUUUUUUUUUUUCUAUGAAACGAACGAUCGAUUUUUCUAUUUUUUAACACGUAAUAUCACGCUGAUAUCGCAGCGACGACGUAAACAGCAUUUUCUGUGAACGCGAAAUAAAACAUAUUGUACAUACAUGGAUAUAUGAUAUAUACAGAGGUAUACGUCCGUAGACACGGAUCGUGUGUCGUCGGGUGGUCGCGUAAGGUCCCGUUUUCGAGAACAUUGACUGCGAAUACGAUACGUACGGCUUCUUUUAGCGAAUAUUAAGUCUGUCCAGUUUCCGCAAAAAUUUUUAAAUCGUGCCAAAUUCAGGAAAAAUAUUGAAUCAUUUUACCCUAAACGAGAUCGAAAUCGUUGAAAUGUAAAGAAACAUGUUGGGACCGUACGCGUACGAUUAGCUGCAGUAACAAAGACCAAUUUUAUUUUUCGAAUCUCCUAAUCGACGACUGUUUAUAUUGUACCUAUUAAUUAUCGAAUUUUAAGGCAGUUGUAUCUAUAUUGUGAAUAUGUGAAUUUAGAUAGCAUCAAUACACAUUACGAUCAACAUAAUCGAC